AUGAUGUACAUCAGCCAAACGCCUGGCAGAGACAGAGACAAGCGUGGUGGACAGAACACCAAGAACUACUACCUUACCUGGCUAUACAUUCUUCUGCUCCGUCUCGUCGCCCCGGCCAGUUUUGUCUGCUGCCUCGUGCACUUGUUCGUCUACAUCUUUGAAGUCUCGUGCCCCGCCAUCACCGGCCGCCCAUGGCUUACUCUUGCCGCGUCCUCUGAGGUGCUCUUCUUCAUCAGCGUCCUGCCGAAGAGACUCCAUCUUCAGAGUGCCCCUCCCAAGGCUGGCUUCAGAACACACUACGAGCGUGAUGAUCUGUUCUACAAGUGCUGCGAGUACGUGCCAAGCCUCGAGAAGUUCCUCAGCAACUGGUUCCAAGGUGCUAGUGUCGAGGAGCUCCACCGGGACGACGUCAAGGACUUCCUCGCCUGGACCUUUGCGAAGAAGUCGAUCAGCUUCGAGCACUACGACUGCGAGCUUGACCAUUACAUUGCACACAUGGAGGGCGUUCUGGGCAGGACUUUCCCCCCGGGACGAGGCUGCCAUCAAGCCAUGCGCUUGUCGCUGGAUCCGUUGCACGUUCAGCACAAGCCGCUAGUGUAUUACCUGUGCAUCGUUGGGAUGCGAAUCAGAGAUAUACAUGAGCAAUGGCUAAUUAGUCUCCAGUUCGUCGUCGGUUUUAAAGAUUUCGUUUCAUACUUCCGACUCAGGCUGUGUGGCUUCGAACACUACCGACUCCCUGUCUACAAGCGCAUGUCUGUCUUCCCCUGGCGACCACACACGGUCUUAUCAAGGACAAUCUCCGUCUCAGAACACCUAUCGUACUUCUACCGACCACACACUCGACGCGGCCGGCGACCCGUCCUCUUCAUCCAUGGCUUCGGGCACGGCAUAUCCAGAUACUCCCGCUUCCUCAAAGACUUUGACUGCCAGAAUGGUUUUAGUAGUAGCGGCGUGGGCAUCAUCGCCCUGGAGAUCAUGCCGCUCACCACGCGCGUCAACGACGACGACAUGCUCCCCAUGGACAAGCUGAUGCGUGAGAUCCGGCUCGUCCUGGCCCACCACGGCUGGAGCGAGGUCACGAUCCUGGCACACUCGGUCGGCACCACCAUCGCCACCCAGCUGCUGCAGUCCUUUGGCCACGCUCUGACCGUCGGCCCCAUGGUCCUCGUGGACCCGGUCGUCAUGACGCUGCACUGGGGCGAGGCGCAGCUCAACCUCCUCUACCGCCACGCGCAGCAGCGAGCCCGGACGGCGGCCGAGCUGGAGAUGCGCCACCUCUUCGGGGCGGACAUGACCAUCGCGCACAGCGUCACGCACGAGGUGUUUGGCUGGCAGGACAACUUGGCCUGGCGGACCGAGUUCUACGGCCGCGAGGUGGCGUUCUUCGUCUCGGGCGAGGACUUGCUGGUCGACGCGCGGGACACGAUGCGGUACCUCUGCACGUGCGCCGAGGUGCCUGUCGCCGCCGCCCGCUCUGAGGAGGUUGCGGCGAGCCCUGAGCGGUAUGUCAUCGACGAGCCACGUGCCGCGAUCCUGCACGAGGGGCUGGGCCACGGCGAGGUGUUUGACAGUCCCGAGAACUGGGGAGUGUUGAAGGGCGUUCUCCACCAGCACUGCUGUAUCAAGGGUGCUUGA